ACCCCAAAACAAAACAACAACAACAAAAAACUUUCUAUGUCUUCAUCAGCUCUGAAAAUCAAAAGAGAUGUCUGUUGAUGAAGAUACUGCAAAAAUGGGCAGUCCACAGCCUAGCUCGACGUCAUCUCUGCAGCUCACGGAUUGUCCUGGAGGUUACGGUGGUGUGUCUGUGAUGAUGGAGGGAACUGCAGCUACCCCUGACUUUGCAGCUGCUUGCCCUCUUCUGGGCACUGCUGCCUCGCCAAAACACACCAGCACAACUGAUGCGCUCACCCUCGCAGACAAUGCUGGACAGAGAGCCAGAGGGAACGAGAAUAGCAUCAAUCGCAGAAAUAGCUUUCAUCAUUCCAAACAACAACAACAACAACAGCAGCAGCAACAACAAACGAAGCUAACAAAGCGGCGCUACACUGCAAAUUCUAGUUUCAAGCAUCCUUCAUCUGGCAAACGGAGACGAAGGGCCAACUCUGAGAGCGAUUCUGUCCUGCCCACCAACUUCCUCUUGGGUGGGAACAUUUUUGACCCACUGAAUCUCAACAGCCUGCUGGAUGAGGAGGUCAACAAGGCGCUGAAUGCAGAGACUCCCAAAUCCUCUCCGCUGCCAGCAAAAAGUCGAGACCCUGUGGAGAUACUCAUCCCCAGGGACAUCACAGAUCCACUGAACCUGAACAGUGGGAUAGCUGACAGCAGCUUUUUGGCUUCUCCCUUCAAGAGUGGAGGAAGGAAGAGACACCGCAACAGGCACCAUGGGGGAGGAGGAGGUGGUGGAGGUGGGAGUGGUGGCGGUAUUGGGAUUUCAGCCACACAAAUGAACCUCUCAGAAUCAGGAAAAAGUGAAGUUAAAACAGGUCCUUCUGUACCUCUUCAAGGUACCUUAGCCUCAUGUUCUGCACUAGAAUCCAACAACGAAUCCGGUAGUGUUUCUAGUGUCAUGGCAGAGUCCCACGAGCACACAGAUUGCAGCUCAGCAAGCUGCAAGGAGGAAAUGCCACCUGCAUCCAUGGAGGAUUCCACUUCAGGGGCACCAUACCAGCACACAAGUAGACGCAAGCGAAGGCGCAACUCGGGCAAAAUGGAGCCCCCUGUCACCCAUUCUACUCCGAUUGGCAAGUCGGGACCUGGAGACAGGCAUUUUGGUGCAGGGGGAGCAAGAAAUUCCUUUCACACACCAAAAUCUGGUUCCAAAAUAGGCCCUGGAAUACGCCAGCACCAGCAGCCCCACUCUCAUACAAAGGAACAGCAGAAGAAGUUCCAGUAUGGGAAUUACAACAAGUAUUAUGGAUACCGCAACCCGGGCUGCAGUGAAGACCCUCGUUUACGUUUGCUUCGUCCCGAGUGGUUUAGAGGUAAAGAAGUACUGGAUUUGGGGUGCAACUCAGGCCAUGUAACGCUCUAUAUCGCCAAAAUGCUAAGACCCGCCCGCAUAUUGGGCCUUGACAUUGACAGUGGUCUGAUACAUGCAGCUCGUAAAAACAUAAGACAUUAUCUGUCUGAGCUGCAGACCCAAGAGGCCAGGCGAGCAAUGCAGGGCAAAAAGACUAGUAAACAGGAGGAGACAAAUGGAAACGCGAGUCACACAGGCACAGAAAAAGAGCACAACGAAGUCGAGAGCAGGGACGAAAAUGGGAAACCAGUGAAAGCAGAAAGUGGCCCUGCAGAUGAUGGAAAUGACAAUGAGUCGUGUCACACGGAUGAGAUGGAGACCCAGAGGCAGGGCAGCAAAACAGAGGAAAUGGAGCAAGAAGACUGUGAUUCACCCCCCGCUGAUCACUCUGAGCGCUGCUCUUUUCCUGUAUCCCUACGGAUCUCCAGGGGUCCCAUUGCUGCACCCCCGCUAACACAAACAUCCACGGUGCAGCCUGGGGAGUUCCCUUCAAAUGUGUCCUUCAUCAAGGCUAAUUAUGUACUGGAGAGCGAUAAUCUUCUUUUGACACAGCGACCAGAAUAUGAUGUGAUUCUGUGUUUGAGCGUCACUAAAUGGGUCCACCUGAACUGGGGGGACAGUGGCCUCAAGCGGCUCUUUAAGAGGGUCUACAGACAUCUCCGUCAUGGGGGCCUUUUCAUCCUGGAGCCACAGCCCUGGGAGUCCUACGUGAGGAGAAAGAAGCUAACUGAUAAUAUUAGCAGGAAUUAUCACAGCAUCCGUCUCAAACCUGACCUGUUUUCGUCAUAUCUUACAACUGAAGUGGGCUUCACCAGUUUUGAAUACAUUGGGCCCCCCAAGUGUUCAGUAAGAGGUUUUCAGAGGCCAAUCUAUGUAUUUCACAAAUGACUGCGCCUGCCUUGAACAUCAUUGAAUGUGAGUAGCCUAAACCACCAUCAUACAUUCAAGCCAGCCAUCUACACUGGACUACAAGGAACAAUCUGAAACCUUGAAACCGUUACUCCGGCGUUUGAUGCUGAAGAUGAAUAACAGAAAGGAAAAUGGGACCAAAAGUGGAAUGACAUUUUUUUUAAGGAUGCAGACUGUCAAAGAGAAAGAUGUUAAAGUCCUCUGUGACUAGAAAAUAUUAAAAGUGUGGAGUAAACUCUGAUAGGACUCCAUGGGUAACCUGGAACAAAACUCCUAGUUUGGCCUGAGUGUGGAAGAGGUGUUCAUCUGCUCAGAUUUCCAUGGUGGUCCAUCUAGUGGUAUUGAUGCCCCCAGUUUGAUCCAUGGCCAUAACUUGGGUUGGAAUAUCUUGGGCCAUAUCUUUACUUUCAGGAAGUUAUUCUGUGCCACCAUAUUUCUAUAUCUUUUACAUAUUAGGAUUGGACGAUGGGAAGUCUUAUCCAAUUGGUCGCAAUCACCAUUUUUAACAGGUGAUAGAUGUUAUAUUCAUCAACUGUAUGUCGCGUAAGCAAAGCUGCACUAUAAUGCAUACAAUGCCAUUGAAGAGAUGAUAUUAAAUCUUUUGAAAAGUAAAGUGUUUUAUGCUGUGCAAGACACUGCGCACAAUACUUGUGAAUGUAGCCCCCCCACUGUAACUACUGAAGACUUAGAAAUCCUGCCUUACCUGUCAAAUAUAUGUUUAAACCCUUGAAUGCUCUUGCGGCAACCAUAUAAGCGCACAUUUGUUUGUGAUGAUUAAAACAGUUACACACGGUCAGUCACUGAGACAGUUUAACACUAAUGGCCUAUGUGUUUGUCCCAUCUUCCAAACCUAAUGCGCACCGUGUUCUUUGCCUUGUUUUUUUAAUUAGCUAAAUUUUGCUGAAUUCUCUUUCAUACAUGUUAAAUAGUGCUCAAAAUUUCUUCAUGUUUUGAAUACGACGUCAGAAAAAGCACCUACAUCACACAAAGACCUUAACAAGUGGAAAGUGGGGUGUCUGAAUAAAUAGAAAUAUAAUGAGGCACAGUGGGGAAAGGUUUGCUAAACAGCCAAAAUAGCAUCCAGUUAAAUUUGAACUGAGAUGGUGGGACAUCCAUGUUAUUAUUCAGCCCACAAGGACUAUUUUAAGUAGAUCUGUAGCAGGCAGCCAUCUUUUUUUUCUUAUAUUUUUUCUUAAACAGUUAAGCCAUAGCCAUACCUUAUCUGCUGUCUCCAGUGUCCUUCAUGAGGUGCUGACUGAUACAACUGAGCGUAAAAUUGAGGCAAAGGCGAUUUGAGGCCCUGUGGUGUCAUCAGUCCUGUAUAAAUCAGAGACAUUCUAUUUUGUGGGUCUGUUCUCAUGCUCAUCCAGUAGUCCCUUGAGCCCCGUGUUGAUUUCUAGUUAUUCUAUACAUGUAAGCAUAAACAAAAAAUACUGGAAAAUGAAUUGUUGCUUUAAUAUUGUUUUUAUUUUGUUGUAUUUUUUUUUAAACCAAAUUUCAGUAUGACUAUGCUUUUUGUUUUGACAAACUUCCAUUUUUUCUGUAUUUUAUUUAUUUUAUUUUAUUUUUUUCCUGUCAUUCUGUUGGGGCAGAUCACACCCUCACUGCUUUUAAUCUUUGACCAAUAAGGCCUGUUCAGUGUUUCCCAGAGAUCUGGGUUCUGUUUGUGAUGGUGUUGGGGAUGGGUGUCAGGUGGCAGCGUUCAAAAGAAGCUACACACAUUUUGUCAAUGUGCUUCUCAGUAAAUAUUUUAACUGACCAAGCAUCUCCGGACAAAUAAAUAGCAGACCAUCUCCAGUGAAUUCAUUGUCUUAUAAAUGAGCCUUUGACCGCCACUGGUCCUUGCUAGCUUGCAGUGGAUAUCUGGACAACAGUGACUACUUUCCUCAUCCCCACCUAGACAGUGUUGAUGGAGCCUGAGAGGAUCAAGCAGCUGAAUGAUAUGAAAGGACAUUAAAACAGAGACUUGGCUAUCAAGUCAGGUGGAAGGGAAAUACAAGAAGGCAGUGGCUAGCUAGUUUACUUGUAACUUGGCUUUUAAAAUUAGACUGUUGACGAUUAAUUUGUAAUCUGAGUAUUAAAAGCUGGUGAUCUCUUGAGUGGGGAAAAAAACAAUAAUAGCUAAAAAGAGUCCUCAAAUAUACUUCAUUGACCUGCCCAAGUAAUAACUAGGUGUGAGAAACACUGGAGGUACAGGUAUUCCUUGUGUUUGCUUUUUUAAUUGGUUUCCACUGAGCCCACCCAUCUGCAACCUUUCGUUGGAAGAGGCUGGCACAGAAAAUCUUGCUUUCAUGUGGCUGGUUCCGUUACGGGUGCGAUAGUGCAGGCGAUGAUGGAUGAUAUGUUUCUGUUUUAAGUGAUCAAUGUAAAUAAGUUUGCAGAUUUUGUUCAUAAUGGCCUGAGUCGUUCAUACAGUGUUUUAUGGUUUUCUUUUGUUCUUUUAUAAUGUUUGCUGCCAAUUUACAAGUGAGUCACAGUCCUUUUUUUUUUUUUUUGUCUGGGGGAAAAAAAAAGACCGGUAGCUUUGUAUCUACAAAAAAGUAUGUACGUUGCAAAGUUCAAAUUUUUAUUUUGCAUUGUUCUGCCCUGGCAGGCACAUUUAUUGUUAGGCAAGUUGUUUGUUUGUUUGUUUUUUCUUUCUUUUUUUUCUUUUUUUAUAAAUUGUUUGAAAGAUCGUUUGUCGGUGCACUCUCUCAUUUCACUUCAUUUGCCAUGUUGUAGACGUUUAAGGUUCUUCAUAAUAGAAAGUUUACUAUUUUUCUUUCUCCCAACAAAUUCUCCAGAAAAAGUUGUCAAAGUAUAAAUUGAGCAAGCAGAAUACAUUGUGAAUUUCUGCACAAUUUAGCCUCAAGCUCAGUUGGCAUAUCAGACAGAACACCAGAUCACACCUUUCUCCUGUGCUAAGACAAUCGGACUCUCAGGCCCACUGCUGUACUUUCAAGGGCAUUUUGCUUUAUGCAUUAUCAACAGCUGUUUUCCUUCUGGCAAUCAGCAUUUUAGUAGAACAACAAAUUGUUAUACGCCUAGGUUGUGCUUUGCCACCUAUGUUUUAAUAUUGCACCUUACCGUCUUAGCAGUGGUGUCUUACAGAUUUUAACCCAGUAUGCCUGACUUGUACAUCCAGGCAUCCAAGUGAGAGCAUGUCUUUGCUGGAAGUAUGAAGUUACAUGUUGUCAUAUACAGUGCUGUAUAAAAUUUCAGAAUCCCCUUGAGGUUUUGCACAAUUUGUAUUAAUUCCUUCUUCUGGUUGGUUAAUGACAUUAAAUCAUACCAAAAAUCCGGAAUAAGAGAAGUUCAGUUUUACUAGCUUAAAACUUAUAGUGCUCAGAUCUCUUAUUCAGGUUAUAGUAGUAAACAAAGACUGCCUUUUGCUUUGUUCUAGUGGGCAAAAGAAAAUCCUCUUAAUUGGAAUACUUUAUUAAAUCUUCACUGUAUUAAAGCAAAGAAAACCAGAAUAGUUUAAUAAUAAAUUUAAUAGGAUCUUUAAAAAGUAAAAACAAGUGAAACUGAAUUAAAGUCUUUUUUUUUUUUAAUGCACAUUUAACCCAAUGAGUGACAUAUGUGUGAACUUGACAUGUGUUCUUGGUUUUGUGAGAUGCAUUAUUACAGAUGAUCUAUUAAUCGUCCUCUGCAAAACCCACUUGUGGAUGCAACAAACACUAUGCUUACACUGUCUUUUGCUGUAACUGCAGUAAAAUUGUGGUGCUAAUUAAUGUCUACAUCAUAUGUAUCUGAGCAUUGUAAGAUUUGAGCAAUUCAUUAAUUUAAAUUAGCAACAAAUUUAAAAAAUCUCUGACCCAGCUGUAAAUUAUUGCUUUUAAUUUAUUAGGAGUUACAGCGUGUAAUCAAAAACUAAAUACACUAGGUUAGAUUCUAGGUAAAAGUUGAUAUAUAGCCAAAGCAUAAUUUUUGACUGCAACAUUGUAUUACCUCAAGGGGAAUGAAUUUUUUUUUUCAUGGCACUAAAAUUCACCUAAAUGUUGAAUUUGCACUGAUAUGAAACAUGGUAAUGAAAGUAGUUUAGUACAUUUUUUUGCAGUUGAUGUUUUACAUGUACCUUCAUAGAAUCAGUUUUCUGGAAAAACUGAUCAGUAUAACCCCCUCUGUCAGGGAAUGUUUUACAUUUCAUGCCUCUGAACAACAAGCUAUAUCUGAAUGUUUCUGUGUUUAACAUUUUAACUGAUUAAACUUUGUUCCAGA